AUGACUUCACAAAUAGUUAACGAAAACGAUACUGUUAAGCCACUGGGUUCAUCCGUUUCUACAACUAAUACACCUGAUAUAAAUGAUGGGUUUGUUCGACUUACAACUGAAGAACAAAGAGAAUUAGAACUGGAAUUACCCGAAAUUGAACAAGAAUUAACUGAUAGUGAAGAAGAAGAUGAAUUUAUUCGUCGAUUUGGUGAUAUUGAAUUUCAAUAUAUAAAACCUCCAAAACAAAAUUUUUGGUUUAAAAGACCUCAUGCUUUAAAUUUUUUUAAAGAUGGUAUUCUUUAUAGAACUAAAGGAGAACGUACAUCUACUAAAACUGAAUUAUUUUUAGAUUUACUUUAUGUUGGAAUCAUUGCUAAUUUAGCUGGUGAAGCAAGUGAAAAUGCAAGUGGUAUUGCUUUAUUAAAAUAUGUUUUAUUCUUUUUACCAACUUGGGUGGUUUGGGCUGAUAUAAAAGAUUUUACAAAUUAUUAUUAUAAUGAAGAUUUAUCACAGAAAUUGUAUAUUUUUUGGAUUUUAGCAUUAUUGACUUUAUAUAUCAAUAGUCAUUAUGCUUUAUUGGAUAGUUUAGCUGAUGCUGCUGUGACUAUAGUACCUUAUAUCUUGUGUCGUUUAUCUUUAGCAGCAAGUUUGUUUUUAUAUUCAUUUUUCAUUCCAGAACAUAGAGCACAAUCUAGAUUAUAUUCAGCUAUGAUUCUAGUUACUUCAUUAUGUUGGAUUGCAGUUAUAUUUGUUCCAGUUAGAGUGAAAAUUGGACUUGCAUUUGGAUUUUUAUUCUUGGAACAAGUUUGUUUUAUGAUUGCUUAUCAUCCAUGGACUAAAAAAAUGAUGAAUUUAACUACAUCUACAGCUUUAAAUAUUGAACAUGAAGUUGAAAGAUUUGCUGUUUUUGUUACCAUUGCAAUUGGUGAAUUUUUAUACAAAGUAGUAGCUCCUGGUAAUUUAGGUAUUGGAUUUAGUGAUAAAUUUGGUCGUGGGAUUUUCUUAUUAGCUGAUGCUUAUAUAUUAUUUUGGAUUUAUAAUUAUGGUUCAACAUCUCAAAAAGCAAUACAUCCUUUACGUCAUAGUGCUUGGUCAGCAAUGGCAUGGAUUUAUGCCCAUGUUCCAUUAAUUGCCGCUUUGGUGUUGGCAGCUGAUGCAGGAGGUGAUUUAGCUUCACUGGAUAUCACAAGCACUAAGAAACUUCAUCAUGGUCCAUUAUCUGAACGUAAUGAAUCAGUUAUUGAAAUUAAUGGAGGAGGAGGAGAAGGAGAAGAAGAAGAGAAAAAUAUGUAUGCUUUGUCUUUCUUUUAUACUGGUGGAAUUGCUGUAUCAUUGAUUAGUAUGUUUGUUUUAGGUUUAGUUGAAAAAAGUAGAGAUCCAAAGGGUUUACAUAUCCUUCCAAAAAACUUACGAGUUGCUUUAAGAUUACCAAUUGGUGUUGGAAUAGUCAUGUUGAGUUUUGCUGAAAUGAACACCACUUUGUUAAUGGGUAUCGUAACUAUUAUGUUGUUGGUAUUGUUGGUUUAUGAGAGUGUUGUAUCAACACCAAUGGAAUGUUGGUAUAAAAGAAACCAAUCAAUUGGAACAGCUACCACUACAGACUAG